CUCCCUUCUCUGUCAUCUGUGCGCGGAAGGGGCUGUCUGCGUUUGAGGGGGGAGGCUUCCCCUCUGACACGGAACAUCUCCCUUCUGUAUGUAUGUGUGUGAGUGUGUGUGAGAGGCCCCACCUCCUCUGGCCAUCUUUAUUACAUUCAUUACCGCAAAGGAAGAGAGACCCGGCCCUGCCUGCCACCAACCACCGUACUCCCCAAAUACCCCUGAGAACCCCGAGGGAAAAGAGAAGCCAGUGGCGUAUAGGAGCAGGGCACGGCUGUGUGGGAACAGGAGUGAAAGGCAGCGAACAGCCCUCGGCAGCGCACAGUAGCCUGGCAGGGUCCCGGUGUAUGUGAGGAGGCCCCUCAGCUCCUGCCGUGACAGCUCCGAGCGCUCAGGUUCUGCAUUUAUUCCAAGAUUUUUCUCUGGUUGGAUUACAAUUAAAGAUUCUUCUAAUUGUGUGGAGGUCCCAAGAGGAAAUUUGCGAAUGGGAUGAAUCUGCUGCUGCUGAGCCCUUGUCUUCAGCUCAGUGAAUAACAUUAUCCAACGGGUGAACUUACCUAGUUAUGUUUCCAUUUUCACAACACCCCAUUUGAGUUUGCUUGUCUUCAAAAAGAAUUCAAAGUGGAGUACCGCAAACUUGAUAUGGAUGGCAAGAAGAAAGACAAGGACAAACCUGAUGAGAGAAUGGCCCGGCCAAGUGGCCGCUCAGGUCACAACACACGUGGUACUGGAUCUUCGAACUCUGGAGUAUUAAUGGUCGGGCCUAAUUUUAGAGUUGGAAAAAAAAUUGGUUGUGGCAAUUUUGGAGAACUCCGAUUAGGAAAAAACCUGUACACAAAUGAAUAUGUGGCAAUUAAAUUGGAACCAAUGAAAUCCAGAGCACCACAACUACAUUUGGAAUAUAGGUUCUACAAGCAGUUAGGAUCUGGAGAUGGUGUACCUCAGGUUUACUAUUUUGGCCCUUGUGGUAAAUACAAUGCCAUGGUGCUAGAGCUACUGGGCCCAAGCCUGGAAGACUUGUUUGAUUUGUGUGACCGAACAUUUUCUCUUAAGACAGUUCUUAUGAUAGCCAUACAAUUGAUAUCCCGCAUGGAAUAUGUUCACUCCAAGAAUUUGAUCUAUAGAGAUGUAAAACCUGAAAACUUCUUGAUAGGUCGACCAGGAAACAAGAACCAGCAAAUAAUUCACAUUAUAGAUUUUGGAUUGGCAAAAGAAUACAUAGAUCCAGAAACAAAGAAGCACAUACCAUACAGAGAACACAAGAGCCUUACGGGAACUGCUAGAUACAUGAGUAUUAAUACACAUCUAGGAAAAGAGCAAAGUAGAAGAGAUGAUUUAGAAGCAUUAGGACAUAUGUUUAUGUAUUUCCUGCGAGGCAGCUUACCGUGGCAAGGUUUGAAGGCUGACACAUUAAAAGAAAGAUAUCAGAAAAUUGGAGACACAAAGAGAGCAACACCAAUUGAAGUGCUUUGUGAGAACUUCCCAGAGGAGAUGGCAACAUAUUUACGCUAUGUGAGAAGACUAGACUUUUUUGAGAAGCCUGACUAUGACUACUUAAGAAAACUUUUUACCGAUUUGUUUGAUCGUAAAGGAUAUAUGUUUGAUUAUGAAUAUGACUGGAUUGGAAAACAGCUGCCUACACCUGUUGGACCUAUUCAUGCAGACCCUGCACUUUCAUCAAACAGAGAAGCACACCAACACAGAGAUAAAAUGCAGCAAGCCAAAAAUCAGGUUGUAAGUUCUACAAAUGGUGAGCUAAACACUGACGAUCCAACGGCAGGGCACUCAAAUGCACCAAUCACAGCCCCAGCAGAGGUUGAAGUCCUAGAUGAAACAAAGUGCUGUUGCUUUUUCAAAAGAAGGAAAAGGAAAACUAUUCAACGCCACAAAUGACUCUGGAAACGUACAGACCAUGGGGAAUUACUUACUUGUUCAUCUGCUGUCUAGUAAAAGAAAAAAAUCAUCUCAGCAAUGACCACGUUUUUCUUUUCUACCCUUUUACAGAAAACUAUCAUGUUCCCAUGCUUUAGUUUGGUUGUUUUACAUUCUUUAUUUCAGUGUCUAGAAGCUUUAAAAUUUUGUCAAUAUAGGAUGAUUUCAGUGGACCAAUGAUGUGGUACAAACAAGAAUUGCUGUCUUCAGCCAAGUACAGUUACACCAUCUUGUCAAUUGCAAGGUGUCUGCUGAAAGCUAUUUACAAAUAGUGGGGAAAAAAGUUUGCUAAAGCUUUAAAAUAACACACUAAAGUCUUACCCUUGGUGAUUUAUCUGAUAUUGGCCAAGAAUUACAGUAUUACUGAAAUGGUACUGCAAUCAUUAGUAAUUAGCAUUACCUCCCUCUUUGUUAUAACAUGGUAUAGCCACUGCCCAGUGGUACAGAGGAGAAGGUCAGCUUGGUAUUUGAUUGAAAUGUAUAAAUGUGCAACAACCAGGAGCUGCGGCAGAAGAUUCCUAUUGUACCUGUUGCAGCGAUAGAGAGAAGCAGAAGCAAUGAUAAUUGUGCAACAUCUCUUAAAUAUAUAUAUAUAUAUAUAUAUAUAUAUAUAUAUAUAUAUAUAUAUAUAUAUGUAUGUGUGUGUAUAUAUAUAUAUAUAUAUAUAUAUAUAUAUAUGCUGUAACAUGUGCUUCAUGGUAAUGUGGUUCGGACAACAUGAGUUAAAACUUCCACGGUCGAUUAAUUUUACGUUACAUAUAUGUGAAGAAGAAAAACACUAAUGGGGAGUUAGGGGUUCUGCGGCCAUAAAUUAUGCAAAUGGGAGCUGUGCAACACAUUGCAUACUGCUUGCUACAGGCGAGCAUUAUUCUCCGUUAACUGAAUCUUUUGGAUGUGUCGUGGUUGUAUAUAGAUAAUUCUUCUCUUUGUCAAGGAGCAGCAAAUUGGAUCGGUGCAGCAGUGUCACUGCCUUCUGUAUGGCUACAGUUAGCUGGUGCUUUCAGAGUUCUCACCUGAAUGCUCAGAUUGUAGUAGAUAAUAACAAAAGCAUUAGUUGGCACUUCCUUUGCUACCCGUUAGUCUACUGAAGUGUCUGCAUUAUAGGAAAACAAGUAUAUGGCAUGUCCCUUUCCUCUGGUUUGUAUCAGAUACCCACAAGAUUGCUUCAUAGGCCAGAAAGGCUGCUGUCAUACAGAACCAAGUCACUUUUGAGUGAGGAAGCCUAGGUAACUGUGAAGUGGUCACAUUAAAACAAUGGCCUGGAUUUCCAAGAGAAUCUUGAAGGGAGGUGGCUAGAACAAAUAUUUUGACCAAGCUUUUGGUUAAUUUAUAUCAGAAGGAAAAUAUCCAAAGUCUCCUGGAGCAAAUUAGUCAUUUUUGUUUUCUAUCAGUGCACGCCUUACGGCUAACUUAUUUAUUUUUAAGUCUUGUUUAUGGUAACAUAAAAUGUGUAUUUCAGAUAUGUAAAUGCACAUAUUUGCAUUCAUUAUUGCAUUUACAGGGAUUUUAAAUGUAAUUUGUAAUUUAUUUUGUUAACAACCAGGAGUGCAGUGCUUAUUUUGAUGGUUUAUGCGCUCACAUAAAACUCACAAAAAUUACUGAUCUGGUGUAUUUGUUUAUUGUUUUUUUUUCUCUUUUUUUUUCCCCCCCUUAUGUCAGUGUAAAAAAAAUGUUUUGUUACAUUGGUCAAAUACAGGAACUCAGCUCUUAAAUCAUUUAAAAUAUGUAUAUGGUCUGCAGGUUUUGUUUCACCUUGUUUCUGUUGAUAUCUUACCACUCAAAAAUUAUAUAUACAUACAUAUAUAUAUAUUAUUUUUUUCAUUAUGGAAAGUGAAAGAAGAUUUGUGGCCAUUCUAAUGUGAAAUCACUUCUGUCUCUGCAGUAUUUGACCAAAUUUUGUUGCACCAUAUUGUAAAUACAUGCAGCAAGUUGUGUUUCUUAUAAUACAUCUGUUUAUUUUGUUUCUCGAUAGAUUUUUUUUUUCCUUUUUUUUUCGGGGUGGGUGGGGAGGGGGCAGUUUGGCCUGUACAGUGUUUAUAUGAUCUGAACUUAUCUCACAUAACAAGAAAAAAAUGUAUAGUAAUCCAAUUGUGGACUUCAGAUAUUUAAAAUACAGUACCCUUUAUUUGCUGCAAAGACCAGUAUGUAGACAUUUUGCUUUUUAGCAAUAUUUAAGUGCUCCAUUUACUGCCUUGACAGGAGAUGACUCUCCAUGGCAGCACAGACUGGUCGAAAAUAGGUAAUGCAGGUAUGUUCAGGUUAAGCCAACAAUGUUCCGCAUUUUUAAGCUUUUUCCCAUCUAUACUAAUGAAGUCAACAUUGCCUGAAUGUUUAAAUAAUAAAAUACAUCCCUGUUUAAAAAGUAUGUAACUGAAGAAAUAAAAAAUAAAGGUAGUUUUUUUAAA